AUGCCGGACGUCGUCCGCGUCGGCGGCGCCGACCUCGUGCGCACGCGCGAGUCCGACGGCACCUUCACCUACCGUCCCCUCGACGCCUCCACCGGCGCCGUCGUGGACGCGGCCACGUUCGAGGCGCGGAAGAGAGCCGAGAGGGAACGAAAGCUCUCGAGCGAUCCCAAAGCCUCGGCGCGGUCGCAGCGCGAGUGGGAGCAGCGCACGCGGGCGAACAUCGCGAAGACGCGCGUCGAUGAGACGAGGAAGCUUCAGCGGCGAGAGCGGGAGCGGAUCGAGCGAGAGAGCGGGACGACGGGACCGCGGAGGCGGACGCGAGACCUCGGCGCGAGCGCAAAGGCGUCGAACGAGUUGCUGGAGCUUCGAGAGGAGAUGCGAAUGGCGGACGCGGCGGGAUUGGCGAAGAAGAAUCCGGGACGAUAUUCGUUCUUGAAGGCGGCGCUGGAGGUUGAGGAGGCGAAACACGCGACGAAAGUGGAGGCUGCGAGGAAGAAGGAGUACGCGAAGGCGCGGUCGAGAAAAGGCGUGCGGGGCGACGCCGGCUUGGAGUUGGACGCGCUGAGCUCCGGGGAGGAGGAUGACGUGCCUCGCGUUCGCGGCUCGCUGGAGGAUUUGGACGAUCCUGAUUAUCGCCGCGGACCGGCACCCGCGGCGAAGGCGGAGAACAAGAAUGACGAGGAGAGAAGAGGGAAGAAGUCGACUCCGACAGAGGUGAAGGAGAUCUCGCGAGCGAUAGAGCGCUUAGAGGUGAACGAGAAGUUGCCUAAAUCGAAGAUUCCGAAGCCGCGCGGCGCGAACGGGGGCUUGGACACCGAAGAUCCGGAUCACAAGCACGGUUCGGUAAAUCUGAAAUCCGGAGGCGCGGGUCGAGGGAGAGGGCGAGGCGGACGAGGCGGACGAGGCGGACGAGGCGGACGAGGCAUCUUGGUGUUCGAUAAAAACACGUGA